AUGUCCAGCGUGCCGAAAGCCCGCCGGUCUAACGUGAGCGGUCUUACGGUCACUCCAGAUAAAUGGGACUACUAUCCCUCCAUUGAACGCUCGGACGUCAAGUCCUGCUCCUUUACCAAUCUCUCUUCAUCCACGCACAUCCGCCACUCCAAACUCAACGACGUACACGUCCUCUCCGAAAAUGGCAGAGGCAGUUACAUCGAACGCUGCGAUCUAUCCCGCUGCACUAUUUCGGAUAGCUACAUCGAACGCUCUCGGCUUCGAGAUAGCCGCGCGUCGCAUGUAGGGCGCAUGGACCGCUCGACGGCUUCGAGAUCCGAGUUCGUGGGCGCGCAGACCGUUGAGCGUUCUUCUUUUCAAGACUCCCGAGUGGGUGGUCAAACCGCCGUGUCGAGGAGUGAAGUAAAGAAGUGCAGUCUGGGGGGAGGCAGUCGUGUACAGGACAGUGUUCUGGAUAGGGUGUCUUUGUGGGACAGUACGGCCGACAGGGUCGUGCUUAAGAACUGCGACGUGAAGGACUGUAAGAUGUCCAAGACCAACCUUUCUGGAAUGGUACUCAGAUACGGGAUUUGGAAUAAUGGCGACCUGGUUGGAAGGACGAGCAGAGAGCACGAAGUGAUUGCUACAUCUCUGGAGGAAUGGAAUGCUCGGGAAGAGCGUGAUGCAGAGGCCGGGGAGCAAGAAGGACAAUUCAAUUCAGGCGAUCCUCCUCACCAAGCUGUGGCAACUGCGCCAACCACUUCGGCUCCUGUGUCGGAGUCUAGAACCCCUUUGACGCUACAUAUCGAGACGCAGAAGGAAAUUGCGCCGCCGUCGUACACGUCACUCCAUGCCCAGGAAGACGCUGAUGUUCGGAUGCGAAGCGAAAGGGAGUUUACUCCACCAACGCCGACUUCCGAUGGCUUUUCCGACAUAACAGAACUCGUCGACAAUGAUAAUACCGAAUAUAAAAAUGAUGCUCGGGUUUCAGAAAAGGAUGGUCCUCCGCCACCGUAUGAACCGUGA